CGUCGAGCUCGGUAUCGCGAGACUGCAACCACGGUGAAAGUCCAUUGGCCAACGGGGCCCGCUGCACUUGCGCUUCAGUCCAGCUCCGACGGCACGACUCCUCGCUCGCAAUGCUCUUCGACGCAGCUCUCGCGCUCCUGCUGGCGCUCCUUGCCCUCGUCCGGGCCGACAUCGGCGAGGGACCGACCCCGCAAUACGUAAAGCAAUGCUCGAGAAGCGAUCCCAAGCUGAAAUCCUGCCUGAUCGACGCGCUGCAUCAUCUCCGGCCGUAUCUGAAGGCUGGCAUCCCGGAAAUCGAGCUGCCAGCAGUCGAGCCUUUUCGCAUGGACGAGCUGAAGCUGUCGCUGACAGGUGGCACGAACGGUUACACUGUGCGGCUGCGCGAGCUCCUAGUGAGGGGAGCGAGCAACUACACGGUGGACGACAUCAAGCUUGGUUCGCCCUUCGAGGCGAUCAUCAGAAUGCCGGCGCUCAUCCUUGACGCCCAAUACACCAGCUCAGGCGUACUGAUCAUUCUACCGGCGAGCGGCAGCGGAACCUUUCACGCCAGGUUCGCUGGGGCACGGGCCCUCGUUCGGGGCCUAGUCUCGAUGCACCCGCGCUCAGGCAAGACCUACCUGAACAUCGAUAAUCUUGACGUGCAGCUCGGCGUGAAGGACGUCAACAUGCGCGUGCGCAAAGUCUUCAAUAAUAAUCGGAUAUUGACUGAAGCAACGAACCUUUUCCUCCGUGAAAAUGGCCAAGAAGUCUUAAAGAUCAUGGAGCCGCAAUUGAAGAAGAAAUUGUCUACGCUUUUCGCCGGCAUCGUCAACCAACUUCUUCGUAACGUUCCGGUUGAAACAUUUUUAUUGGAAUGAUCUUAGUGGAAGGCGAGCGUUUUGUUUUGUUUUUUUUUUGUUUUUUUU